AUGAAGAAACUAGAUUGUUCCAUUAUCGGAGAUAGAAAAGCUAAAGCACAGACUGCCGGCAAAUCGACCGGGGGUAAAGCACCGAGAAUGCAACUGGCUACAAAAGCCGCCCGCAAGAGUGCGCCCUCUACUGGAGGGGUGAAGAAACCUCGUCGUUACCGGCCUGGGACGCGUCUGGUGCGAGAAAUUGCCCAGGACUUCAAAACAGAUCUGCGCUUCAAGAGCGGCAGCUAUUGGUGCUUGGCAGGAGGCAAGCGAGUCCUCUUCUGGUGGGCCUCUGAAGACACCAGCCUGUGCACUAUCCAAGGCAAACGUGUCACAAUUAUGCCAGAAGACAUCCAGCUAGCGCGCCGCAUACUUGCAGAACGUGCUUAAGAAUCCACUACGAUGCCAAACAUUUCAUUCUUUAAAAAGAAAAAUUCUCCCUGUUACUGGUAGUUCUGAACGUUAUUUUUUUCCACAGGGUCAAGAGGUACCUAAGUAUAUGAUUGCAAGUGGAAAAAUAAGGGACAGAAAUCAGGUGUUGGCAGUUUUUCCAUUUUCAUUUGUGUGUGAAUUUUUAAUAUAAAUGUGGGGACAUUAAAGCAUUAAUGCAAGUUAAAAUGUUC